AUGUUCCACAUCUUUCGGAAACAGCUGUCAGAUGACUACCACCCCGGACUCGAGGACAUGUCCACGUAUUACCGAAGGAUUCUGUCUGAUCUUGAAACCUCACGUCUGCAGGUGCCCUCCAAAUGGGGACUCUCAAAUUACAGCGAGGUUAUCAAGGCAUUUGACAGGGUUCGAUGGAGCUUUUUCACGGUUCGCCUGAGUCUGAACAUGAGUUUCACAGUUUCACAUGCCUCUGCUAUCCUGCCUUUCUGCUACAGAAAGGUCAUCAACGACAAAGGGGGCACAGCAACUGUUUGUCUUUAUGGCAUAGAGCAAGCUCUUGUGGAAGACCCCGCGUUGCGCAAAGCUUUGGAGCCCUCGAAGCAAGAGAGUUUUGAGAACGGAAUUUGCUACGAACUUGCGGUCAAGUCUUAUAUGCAGUCGAUGAAACCGAUAUAUGACAUUGAAAGCCAGGCGUUCCCGGGUAUUCGAGGUGUACAGGGUGUUGUCCAAUAUCUUGGAGAGUAUCAGAUACAGCACCCUACGAUAAACUGCCCCGACGCUCCAAGUCACCAUAUCAUGCUCGAGUAUGGCGAGUUGGACCUCGAUGAGUAUCUGGCAGAGACCUAUCCGCCCGUACUUAACGCAGAGAUCAGACAGUUCUGGGAAGAGCUGUUCAGUGUUGCCAGGACACUCGAGAGAAUACAGAACUUGGAAUAUGACAACAGGGAUGGGAAGCGCCAGCAUUACAGAGGGCAAGUCCUCGACCUUGUUGACAACUACAUGUUGUUACCAAAUCCGGAGAAGAGGCUCAUGAUGGGAGAGUUGUGUGAGCGACUGGAUGGGAUCAUAAUCUUAUCUGAGAAGGAGUACCAGCGCAACCUCGACAUGACGCUUUUGAGACAAAUUGGGCCAGAGACGCUCAACGCUCUGCAAGAACUUGACAACAAAGCUCCCGUGAAAGCUGUCACUGCUUACGAAGCCGGGGCUGGGGCCGGGGCCGAAAUGAACAUGAGUGGUAGAGGUCUUUCACCGGCAGAGGCGGCUGACGACAAACCCGAACGAUCUACUCGAGUCCGGAAGUCAGAGCGCUUCGACAAGAUAGUCUUCGCCAAAACGGCGAACAGAGUUCAGCACUCUCACUCGAUACCGGGGAUCUCGGAGGGCCCAGUCCAAUCAUCAGAGAGGACAGAGCCCAGAUUGGACUCUCCGGUUCCACGGGACAACCGCCGGCAACAGAAGAUCCCAGGCAUCCGCUUACACAGCAGCGAUUCGCCAAUUACCGAUGAUGCUCGUCUCCCGGAAUAG